AUGCGAUCAGUAGCAGCGGGUCGUUUAUUGUCUAGAACAGUUAAUAAUGAUUUAAUUGGUGCGCUGAAAAAUGAAAUUAUGGCUGAAAAACAACUAGAAAGAGAAAACCUUCGUGGUGAAGAAGCACCAAGAGUUUCUGGAUUCGAUAUUACUACUGAUGGAGCUAAUGUAUUGUUAAAAAAAUUGCAUAACAACGAAAAAAUCAAUGUUUAUCUUAAUGUCAAUCAUUCAGUAGAUAUGGAAGGCGAUGAAGAUGAGGUUCUUGUGAAACUUUUUCUAUUAAAUAGGCUUUUCAGUUACUUUUCAACCAAAACUAUCGAGGGUGUUCCUUUAGCUUUACCUUCAUUGACAAUCGAAAUAGUUAAAGAUAGUCAGCGGUUAUGCUUUUACCUUGAUUUAUGCGAGAAUGAAGAAGCAACGGAAGCAAACGAACGAUUUGAUUUUCGUGUGGCAGAAUUUUACAUUGCUCCAUUAACAGAAAAAGAAGGGGAUGGCGAAGUGGCGGAAUCAGUAUACUCCUCAUCUGGAAAAUAUAUUGACCCAACUUUGCAUGAUUUACUGUUCAAUCAUUAUCUGGCCGAGCGCGGAUUUAAUCAGAAAUUUUGCCGCGAGGUGGUGGAUUUUGCUACACAUUACGAGCAUUCUCAAUAUGUCAAGUUACUGACUGACAUCCAGUCCUUUGUGUCGAAAUGA